AUGGCCAGGUUGAGCGGUGGCUUUCAGAAGCUCCAUACCAAGCUAAGCGGGUGGAGGAGAUUAGCCAUCUUGAACAUCGGUGCUAUGGUUCUCCUGACGCUAUUACUAUGCGGUUUCACCGUUGCUUCGAUUCUCAAGACAGACCUAUCAGAGAUAGCCAACGAGGGUUACAAUUACGACGAAGCCAGUCGAGGGGAUGCUGUGCGCAACACCUUUCUGUUCCAUUCCUCGCUCUGCACCGAACCUACGGCACGGAAUGUCAAUACAGUUCUCCAUUUGAUCGUCAACGCCGUGUCCAGCGCAGUCCUGGCAUCAUCCAAUUUCUUCUCGCAGGUACUCAGCUCGCCCUCACGUGCAGAAGUGGAUGUGUCGCACGCGCGAGGAAGAUCACUCGACGUUGGAGUCUUAUCAUGGCGGAACGCACUGGGUUUGUCUCCCUUCAAGACGGUGGCUUGGGUCGCACUGUUGGUCACGUCACUGCCUCUGCAUUUGCUCUUUAAUAGUGCCAUACUGCAAUCGGCCGAUUCUGAUGGCUCCCAUGCGCAAGACGGUGGCAACUGUUAUGUGGGCGUCUCGAACCCACUUCUCUUGACCGUUACGCUAGCUUGUCUAGUGAAAGUAAUCAUCUGCGUUAUGAUAGUGUGGGUCUUAGGUCCCCAGGAGUCCUUAGUCACGCCUGGAGACGCUGUGGCGUCGUUCAUCUCCGUCCCAGACUCGUAUACCGCCGACAGACUGGAGUUGCUUGUAAAACAUCCGAAGCAUAAGGCUGACAGUGGUAGCCCAAUACUGUGGCGGUAUACUCCUCUAAGACGAUCAUCCUGCAUUUCGCGCUGGACAUGGACAUACACAUACGCCUUUUUCGUUGCUUGCAUUCUGGUCGCAGCUGGCGUUCUAGGGAAGGAAUAUCAAAUGAUAAAGAAUGACGAGAUGGACCAGCAAUCCCUUCGCGAUUCUAGCUCUCCCCUCACGAUCAUGCCACCCAACUCCUCCGUCCCCUUUAUCACCACGGUGCUCCUGGCCAAUAUUCCGCAGCUAUUACUCUCAGUCUGGUAUUUUGCGUACAACGCCAUCUUGACUCGGUUACAACUCAGCCAAGAAUGGGCUCUGUACUCCACGUCAUUCCGGCCUCUUCGUGUCUCUCAGCCCAGGUACUUUCCCAGUAUUCCUUCUGACUCUUAUGACUCUGCAUGA